AUGCCCGCCGCGGCGCGCUCCGGUGGACCGGGGCAGGCCAACAUUAUGAUGGGGAGGAGGAAGUUGCAAGCAGUGACCUUGGCGAUCUUGUGUUUCUGGUCAUCUGCUGGGGCACAAACAGUGGAUUUCAAGCCUGCCGACAACUACCUGGUUGACUGUGGGUCUGCCAAGGGCACGACGGUUCUCGGGAGGGACUUCGCUGCCGAUGGGGCAUCUCCGGUGACAGUGUCAACCUCCCAAGAUAUUCUUGCCGGCACCUCGGCCAACGGGGUGUCCUCGUUUGACAACCCGCUGCUUUACCAGACCGCCCGCAUCUUCACGAGCCCGUCAUCCUAUACUUUUCCUAUCCAGAAGCAGGGGCGGCAUUUUGUUCGUCUCUACUUCUUCCCCUUCAUCUACCAGAGUUAUGAUCUCUCCACCGCCAAGUUCACUGUGUCGACCCAAGAUGUGCUCCUGCUCAGUGAUUUCCAGCAGCCGGACAAAACUGCGCCGCUGUUCAAGGAAUACUCUUUGAACAUCACCCGUGACCAGCUUGUCAUUUCCUUCAAGCCGUCAAACGGGAUUGCAUUCAUCAACGCAAUUGAAGUGGUUUCUGUUCCAGAUGAUCUCAUAGCUGAUGUAGCCAAUAUGGUCAACCCUGUGCAGCAGUACAGCGGUUUGACUACACAGUCACUGGAGACGGUGUAUCGUGUCAACAUGGGUGGUCCGAAGGUCUUCCCGAGCAAUGAUACCCUCUCGAGGACUUGGCAGAAGGAUCAGAAGUACAUACUGAACCCCAGUGUGACCAAAACUGCCCAAUAUGGCAAGCCUAUCAAGUAUAGGAAAGGCGGGGCAACUCCACUGACGGCCCCAGAUAUUGUGUACAGUACAGCUACAGAAUUGGCGGCUGCAAACACUUCCAACGCACUUUUCAACAUGACAUGGCAGUUUGAUGUGGAUGCAGGCUUCAGCUAUCUGAUAAGAUUUCACUUCUGUGAUAUAGUCAGCAAGGCACUGAACCAGCUCUACUUCAAUGCAUAUGUGGGAGGCUUCUUUGCACAGCAUGAUCUUGAUCUCUCAGAGCAAUCGGUGAAUCAACUGGCUACAGCUAUCUAUGUUGACGUGGUUCUUUCUUCCAAUGAUGCAUCUAGCAAGCUCAGCAUCAGUAUUGGUCCGUCCACCUUGAACAAUGCAUUGCCUGAUGGGAUUCUGAAUGGCCUGGAGAUUAUGAAGAUGGGCAGUGGCUCUGGUUCUGCUUUCACUGUUGGGAAUAACGGUUCAAACAAAAGGUUGCCCAUAAUUAUUGGCUCAGUCCUUGGGGUUGUUGGGCUUCUGAUAAUUGUCCUUGUUGUGGUACUGCUUUGCCGGAGGAAGAAGACCGACGACAAGCAGCACUCGAAGACCUGGAUGCCUUUCUCUAUCAAUGGGCUCACGUCUCUCAGUACAGGAAGCAGAACUUCCUAUGGUACUACACUAACAUCAGGUCUGAAUGGAAGCUAUGGAUAUCGGUUUGCCUUCAAUGUGCUCCAAGAAGCAACAAACAAUUUUGAUGAGAGCUGGGUGAUUGGAGUCGGAGGUUUUGGGAAAGUCUACAAGGGUGCCUUGAGGGAUGACACAAAGGUUGCAGUGAAGCGAGGAAACCCCAAGUCCCAGCAAGGUCUCAAUGAGUUCCGGACAGAGAUCGAGCUCCUUUCACGUCUGCGUCACCGCCACCUGGUGUCUCUUAUUGGGUACUGUGAUGAAAGGAAUGAGAUGAUCUUGGUCUAUGAGUACAUGGAGAACGGAACCGUCAAGAGCCACCUGUAUGGUUCAGACAACCCCUCACUCAACUGGAAGCAACGCCUGGAGAUCUGCAUUGGAGCAGCAAGGGGGCUACACUAUCUUCAUACAGGUUCUGCGAAGGCCAUUAUCCACCGUGAUGUCAAGUCUGCAAACAUCUUGCUUGAUGAAAAUCUCCUUGCCAAAGUCGCCGACUUUGGGCUGUCAAAGACCGGGCCUGAGCUGGAUCAGACUCAUGUCAGCACUGCAGUGAAGGGUAGCUUUGGUUACCUUGACCCUGAAUACUUCCGAAGGCAGCAGCUGACUGAGAAGUCGGACGUCUACUCCUUCGGUGUUGUCAUGCUGGAGGUGCUCUGCGCGAGGCCGGUGAUCGACCCUUCGCUCCCGAGGGAAAUGGUGAACUUGGCAGAGUGGGGAAUGAAGUGGCAGAAGAGAGGAGAGCUGCACCAGAUCGUCGACCAGAAGCUUUCCGGCGCGAUCAGGCCGGACUCUCUGAGGAAGUUCGGUGAGACGGUGGAGAAGUGCCUGGCAGACUACGGCGUGGAGCGGCCGUCGAUGGGGGACGUCCUCUGGAACUUGGAGUAUGUCCUGCAGCUCCAGGAUGUGGAUUCUUCGACCGUGUCGGACGUGAACAGCAUGAACCGGAUCGUCGACCUGUCGUCGCAGGUUCAACAUGUGGGUGCCAUGGAGAGCAUCAGCGUGACGAUGGCGGAGGACGGAGCUUUGCACGAGCCUGACCACGACCUCUCCGACGUGUCGAUGAGCAGGGUUUUCUCACAGCUGAUCAAAGCCGAGGGGAGGUGA